AUGUUAGCAGACUGGAUUGAUGCCCGAACUUUUCAAACAGAAUUUCGUCCACUAGAGUUGCACGAAUAUUUAGUUCAUGAAAAUGGUCAUAUUUUUAAUUUACUUGAAAAUGGGGAAAAAUGUAGAGAAUUGGAUGAAAAUUUUAUAAUUAAAGGAGAUAAUAAAUGCAUAAUUGGGAUUACUUUGGAAGCAUUACUUCAGUCACAAUCAAUUCUUAUUUUCUGUCCAACAAAAGCUGAGGCAGAACAAAGUGCGAUUUUGUUGGCUAAAUAUUUAAAAUAUUGUUCAGACAAGGGAGAAGCCAAUCGUUUUCCUGAGCUUUCUUCUAUCCUUCCUCGUGAAAAAAUAUCCGAAGCUAUUGAAUAUUUUCGUCAGAAGAAUGCCUGUUCUGAACGUGAUCUUCUUCAAUGUAUUGGUCAAGGUGUUGCUUUUCAUCACGCGGGAUUGACAAUUGAAGAGAGGGAAGUAAUUGAGGCGUUGUUUCGUUCAGGGCAUUUACGUGUUUUAGUUAGCACUUCAACUCUCAGUUCUGGUGUAAAUUUGCCUGCACAUCGAGUUCUUAUUCGAACAAGUGCUGGCGGUCCAGUCCCCCUCAGUUUUGUAACUUACAGUCAGAUGGUUGGACGUGCUGGUGAAAGUUAUUUACUCUGUAAUGCCACCGAUUGGCUAGCUGUUCAACGUCAAAUUCAACGGCGUACAUUUAACCGACCAAAACGAAUUUUUGGACGUCUUUUACUCGAGACAAUAAACAGCUCUUUAUGCAAAAAUCUGGGCGAUGUAAAUAAUUUGAUAGAAAAUUGUCUUUUUAGUCAACAAGCACGUUCAUUAGAUGAAGAAUUAACAUAUUUAAUUCAAUUAAAAGUUAUAACAUUAGGUGGAGAUUCUUUGGCUGAAUUUGAUGAAGAAAAGAGUGAUAGUGACAAUAUUAAUGUUCAAAACCAACCUGAAAUUGGGCCUGAUAAUAGUUUUGAUAAACAAACUACUACUAAAUCUACUUUGGUUCGUCCAACCCAAUUAGGCCGAGCUGUGCUUGCCUCUUCUCUUGAUUUAAGAACAGCACUUCAAGUAUUUGAUGGACUUAAGAAAGCUAUGCAGUCUAUUUGUUUGGAUACAGAAUUGCAUAUGCUUUAUUUGGUCACUCCUGUAAAUAAUUUGGCAAUAAAUGAGAAUUCAAUAAAUUGGAAUUUUUUUCACAAGCAAUGGACUAAAUUGUCAGAGGAGCGACGUCGCGUAGCUCAUAGAAUUGGAAUUUCUGAAGAAUUUUUUAUGCAAAAACUGGGUGGACGGUCAUUUCCGAGGGAUCAUCCUUUAUUAAAUUUACAUGUGCGUUUUCUGGCUUCUCUUAUUCUAUACGAACUUAUAAAUGAAAAGGCACUUCAGGAUGUUGCCAAAAUUUGGGGUAUCAACCGAGGGUUACUUCAAUCUUUACAGCAACAGGCAGCUACUUAUGCUUAUAUGAUUGUCUCUUUCUGUGAUCGUCUUGGUUGGGUUCAUUUAAAAACACUUUUGGAUGAUUUUGCUGAGCGUUUACAAUUUGGAAUUAGAAGAGAUUUAACUGAACUUGUUCGAAUACAAGCUUUUCAUAGAAUGGGAAUAGAAUCUCUAGUUUCACUUGCUAAUUGUCCUUUAAUUCGUGUUUGUACUGUAUUGAGAAAAGCUGUUCCGUUUAAAAUAAAUUCUGACACUGAAGGUUUAAAUUCAGAAGAUGGGGAGGAAGAGAAGAACACAUGGCUACAUGAUGAACCUCCUACUUUUGAACGUGUAGCAGCAAAAACAUUAAUUGAACGUGCAAAAAUUGCCAUUAAAGAAAAGAUCAAAGCCUUCAAAAUUGUCAAUUUCCCUACUUGUAUUUCUAAAAGUGAUGUCAAUUUAUCUCUUCGAUUUGAUACGUCAGUAUUGAGUGUUUUGGACAAUGAUGAUGGAGAAGAUAAAUUGGCAGAGUCUACAGCUGUUGCUGAUCUUUCUAAAAGUAUUUUGGAAGAAGCUUGGAUGUCUGAAGAUGAAAGUAAUAAUAACUCCUCUAAUGCUUUACUUGGCGGUGUUUCUUUGUUGGCAACUACAGAUGAUGAAAGUGCUGUUGAUUCGCUUUGUGAUUCUUUCUCUCCGUUGCGUUUAGAGAAGCCAAUGAUUAUUGUAAAUUUUUAA